AUGAUGCGAACGGCGGCGUCGGCCAGGGCGCCGACUUCCACGUCCCGCGCCGCAAGAUGCUCGUUGCCGCUCAGGUCUGCGCGCGGCACCGGUCUCCCGGGGUUCAGGCGGGCGGGUGCCCGGGCCACCGCACCCAGGGUUUCGCGGAGGAGUGCGUUGCGGGUGGAAGCGAGGAACCCCACGAAGGCGCCUGUAGCCUUCAAAGUCCGGCGCGCGACGGUGCACGACUUGGUGGAAGUCGGGUCCGUCCUGGUGCGUGAGCAGGUCAACCCUCUCGGCCUCGCUGCCGAGCGCAUGUGGGUCGCCGUCAGCCUGAGUGGCGGGCAGGUCAUCGGCUGCGUCCAGGUGGACCCGAAGCCGACGGAGCUCUCCCCCACGUACAUGGUGGUGUCGAACCUGGUCGUGGACAGGCCCUUUAGGUACCAGGGCGUCGGGAAGACCCUCCUCCGCGAGGCGCUGGCGUCCUGCAGUGAGCGAGACGACGUGUGGCUCGUGGCCGCGCCGCGCGUGGCUGCGUUCUUCGCGCGGUACGGGUUCAGCGUGCCGAAGACGAUGAAGGAGGUGCCCAGCGGGGUGUACAUGGGCAGGUUCGUGGGGCAGUUCAUCGGGAGGCUGCGCGGGGACAACACCGUCGUCGCCAUGAGGGGGCGGGGCACGAGAAGCGUGUGA